AAGAAGAAGAAGAAGAAGAGGAAAACAUUUCAUAACAAGCCAUGGCUGCCUCUUUGGCGAGGAUUUUCUCAAAGUCCCUCAGAAAGGUCUCUCGGCCAUGGGGGUCAUGCCAGGCUGGGCUGAAGAGCUUGUCCACCAGAUCUGCCCCCUCUGAGGCUUCAGAGCAGGCAGGUGGGACCUGCUUCCCCCCCCUACAGACCUACUCAGAGGAGGAAAGCAUGAUGAGGGAUGCAGUGAAGAAAUAUGCUCAAGAGCGCAUUGCUCCAUUUGUUUCAAAGAUGGAUGAAACCUCUGCGAUGGAUGAAGAAGUGAUCAAAUCCCUCUUUGAGCAGGGUCUCAUGGGGAUUGAGAUCGACCCUGAAUACGGCGGCACCGGCUCCACAUUCUUCUCCUCAAUUUUAGUCAUUGAAGAGCUGGCGAAGGUGGAUCCCUCUGUGGCUGUGCUCUGUGACAUCCAAAACACACUCAUUAACACACUGUUUGUCAAACUUGGUAACCCAGCUCAGAAGGAGAAGUACCUCAGCCGACUGUCCACUGACAUGAUUGGAAGUUUCUGUCUAUCCGAAGCGGAGUCUGGCAGCGAUGCCUUUGCUCUGAAGACCCGCGCUGAGAAGCACAAGGACUAUUAUGUGAUCAAUGGAUCCAAGAUGUGGAUCAGUAAUGCAGAGCAUGCAGGCGUUUUCCUGGUGAUGGCCAACGUGGACCCGUCUGCUGGAUACAGAGGCAUCACCUGCUUCAUUGUGGACCGGAACACCGAGGGCCUUGAGAUUUGCAAGAAGGAGAACAAGCUCGGUCUGCGUGCGUCUUCCACCUGUCCGCUCAACCUUGACAAUGUCAAGGUACCGGAGAAGAACAUUCUGGGAGAGAUCGGUCAGGGGUAUAAAUACGCCAUUGGAAUGCUAAAUGAGGGCCGGAUUGGAAUCGCAGCUCAGAUGGUUGGCCUGGCGCAGGGUUGCUUUGACAACACUGUCCCUUACACCAGACAGAGGGUGCAGUUCGGAAAACGCAUCUUUGACUUCCAGGGCAUGCAGCACCAAAUUGCCCACGUGGCAACACAGAUCGAAGCGGCGCGGCUGCUGACGUACAACGCUGCUCGUCUGAAGGAGGCUGGAAGGCCAUUCAUCAAGGAGGCCUGCAUGGCUAAAUACUUCAGUGCUGAGCUUGCAACCCUGACCACUUCAAAAUGCAUCGAAUGGAUGGGGGGAGUAGGCUUCACCAAAGACUACCCAAUAGAGAAAUACUACAGAGACUGUAAAAUUGGUACCAUUUAUGAGGGCACGACAAAUGUCCAGCUGUCUACCAUGGCCAAAUUCAUUGAUAAGGAAUAUGAUUACUGAAACCACCUCCACAGUCUAAAUAAACUCCACUUUGCCGUGUUAUGCUGUGUUAUUUCAACAGGAAUCAGUUCAACCACACUGCAUUGCUGUUGACAUCCCUUCAUGUGUAUAGAGUUUUCUUGCGCCUUGUAAAGUAGUUCUGAUCUGAAAUGUAACUUAUGUCACAGCUGUAUUUCCCCAGUGUUAGAGUUGAAUUCGCUCUUGUUUUUUUCCUUUUGUAUUCCUUGUUUAGUAAUCUUGGCAGAAGAGAAUGUUUGCCCGUUUUGGACACUUUCAUAUCACUCCAUUUUUUAUGAUCUUAUUAAAAUGUGGCGAUCAGCAAUGCAAAGAUAACAUAACCAUAAGUUCCAAUACGGGAGCAGUGUUAUGUAAAGAGGUGGGAUAUUCAGAUAUUUUAGUGCCUUCAGAAGAUCUACAAUUGCAUAGAUCUUUUUAAAAUGUUACUUUAUGAUACGACAGUUUAAUUGAACUGUUAAACCUACUUAUCUUCUCCACACAUACUGUACAGUUGAUGAAUUUACAUCAUAACAAUAAAUGCUAUGUAAAGAAUUACCUGUCACUUGUAUUAAAUGUGAAGUAGUGA